AUGACGGAUUAUGGACUUCAAGUGAAAGUUUUGGAUUUUGACGAGGAAUGGGUUGAAGCUCGUCCAAUAGUAUUAAAUUUAUUAUAUCAAAAGCCAGUGACUCCCGCAGAAUGGCAAAAUUUGUUUUUAAUAGUUUACCGCAUAAACGCCUGGAUUGAAAAUGGCGCCGAAAAAAUACGAAGCACUCUUAUUACACUCAUCGAAAACUGUGUCAAAGAAGCAGAAUAUAGAAUAUACGAAAAUAAGAAUAAUGAGCUACUAAAGGCAUACAUUAGCGAAUGGUCAAAAUUUCAUAAGCAAACCGAUAUUCUUCCGUUGCCAUUCCAGGUGAUAGAUUCACAAGCAAGAACAAACGUGCGAAAAGAGUAUACACGGGGAACCGCUCCCGAAGCGAACACGACAAAAUCAGUAAUGCUUGAGAAAUGGUACCAAAGGAUAUUUGCCAAACUCAGCCAAACUCUUCUCGGGGAAGCUUUGAAGCUAGUUGAAGAAGAAAGAAAUGGCAAUAUAAUUGAUUCGCAAUUAGUCAUUGGUGUGCGAGAAAGCUUUGUUGUCCUCAGUCAGGAUCCUGUCGAGCCACUUCUCGAAUACAUGCAAACGUUCGAGCAAGGGUUUAUCGAGCAGACCGUUGCCUAUUAUAAGCAUCGAGCAGCGGAUUAUCUUGCUGAAGCCGGCGUCCUUAAUUAUAUGGUCUAUGCGGAUAGGAAACUGGAAGAAGAGCGGCAACGCGGCGAAAAGUAUCUCGAGAAAAAAUCGCCGAGAUAUGAAAGGCAUAUGCAAUUUUGUGAUCGAGUGUUGGUCGAAGCCUUCGAGGAUCAAAUUCUAGACGAAUGCUCCAAGUUGAUUGCCGAUCGCGAUGUUGAAAGACUUCAACGAAUGUAUCGAUUGGUUCGAAGGACUCAGAAUGGAAUCGACGCCGUGUUGAAAUGCAUCGACUCGCAUAUUCGAACUGAAGGCCUCAACGAUAUGCGGAAUAAUGUUGAAACAAUCUCAUCGGAUCCUGAAAAAUAUGUGCAAUUGCUUUUAUCGAUGUACGAAAAAUUCAGUUCUCUGAUUCGCGAUGGCUUCAUGGAUGAUGCGAGAUUGCUAACAGCAAGAGAUAAAGCAUUCCGUGCAAUUGUCAACGAUAAUUCAGUGUUCAAGAUUGAAUUGAACAAUAAAAAAGGAAGAACCGUCGCUGUGGAAUCGAAAUGCGCCGAAUUGCUAGCGAACUAUUGUGAUUUGUUGCUGCGAAAAACUCAAUUGAGCAAGAAAUUGACGUCGGAAGAGAUUGAUGAAAAAUUGAAUCAAGUGCUGCUUGUCUUGAAAUACGUGGAGAGUAAAGAUGUAUUCAUGAGAUUCCAUCGAGCUCAUCUUUCCCGUCGUUUAAUCCUUGAAAUGAGCGCCGAUCAAGAGAAGGAGGAAAUGAUGGUGGCGAAAUUGCGAGAAUGCGGUAUGCCUUCGGACUCGGUGAGCAAAUUCUCGAGAAUGCUUCAAGACAUUGAAGUGAACAAAGAUUUGAACUCGUCAUUCAAAAAAUCACUUGUCGGAACCAAUAAUAACAAAUUAGCGUCAGACUCGAUAAAUAUCAAAGUUCUCAAUGGAGGAGCUUGGGGUCGUGGAGCAUCAGAGAGAGUGCGAUUCUCUUUACCACGUGAGCUCGAAGACUUUGUCCCGGAAGUAGAAGCAUUUUAUAAGAAGCAGCACAGUGGCCGAAAACUUUGCUGGAUGCAUCAUUGGAGUAGUGGAACGAUGGUAUUUGGAACGGCUUCCGGUGGCAAAUUUGAUCUUGACAUCACCACAUUCCAAAUGGCUGUUUUGUAUUGCUUCAAUGAUCGAGCCCAUGAAAAGAUAUCUCUCGAAACCCUUCGAUUGGCAACGGAAUUGCCAGACGCCGAACUCAAUCGAACACUAAUGUCUCUAACCGCUUAUCCGAAAAUGAAGUCACAAGUGCUGUUGUGCGAUCUACAAUCACCUUUUACUGCUCGUGACUUCACUGAUUCGACGAGAUUUUACAUUAAUCACAAUUUUCAUGUUGUCAAGAAUGGAAAAGUUCAAAGUCGCGGAAAAGUGAACCUGAUUGGCCGUUUGCAGUUGUCGUUGGAAGCGAAUACUGAGAAAGAGCAUGAGAGCAUUGUGGCUCUUAGGGAGUUCCGAGUACAGGAGGCAAUUGUAAAGAUAAUGAAAACGCGAAAAGCUGUGAAUUUGGCUCAACUUACAAUGGAGCUUGUUGAAAUCUUGAAGCCGCUAUUUGUGCCCAACCGAAAGUUGAUAAAAGAGCAAAUUGAUUGGCUCAUUGAGAAUAGAUUUAUCGAAAGACGAGCUGGUGAUAUCAACACGUUUGUCUACCUCUCAUAA